AUGGGAUUUAUGGUGGAGCGAUUGAUUGAUAUUGUACAUGUUCAAGAUACUAGUGCUUUAUCUUUAAAGGGGGAAAUUGUCAAUGUACUUGCUCAACAUUCAUUGAGUCUAUCAUAUGUGCGCGGACAAUGUUAUGAUGGGGCAAGUAAUAUGCAAGGCAAGACAAAUGGCCUUAAAAUGUUAAUUAGGCAAGAAAGUAUCUCAGCUCACUCUAUUCAUUGUUUUGCUCAUCAACUUCAAUUAACUCUUGUUGCAGUUUCCAAAAAAUGUAUUCAAGUGGGAGAACUUGUAUUAUUGGUUUCAAAUGUUUUGAAUGUUUUGGGAGCUUCUUUUAAGCGUAUGGAUAAAUUUCGAGAUUCUAAAAAAAAAAGAAUUCAAGAGGCAUUAGAUAGGGGUGAACUUACAACCGGUACCGGCUUGCAUCAAGAACUUGGUCUUAUAAGAGCCGGUGAUACUCGUUGGGGAUCUCACUACAAAUCUUUUAGCAAUUUUAUUCUUAUGUUUGGAUCUAUUGUUGAUGUUCUUGAUGCACUUGUUGUUGAUGCAUAUUCUACCGAUGAAAGAGCUAAGACAACAGGAUAUCUCGAAGCUUGUCAAACAUUUAAGAUUGCUUUUAUGUUGCAUUUGAUGAGAGAUAUCUUAGGAAUCACAGAUGAGCUCAAUAAAUCCUUGCAAAAGAAAGAACAAGAUAUUGCAAAUGCUAUGCUACUGGUUGAAGUAGCAAAGAGAAGGUUGCAAAUGCUAAGAGAUGAUGGAUGGGAUGCACUUAUUAAUAAGGUAUCCACAUUUUGUAUCAAGUAUAACAUUUUGUUACCUAAUUUUGAUGAGCCAUAUGUUAAUUCUGGAAGAUCAAGGCGUAAACCUUCCGAUUAUACGGUCUUACAUCAUUAUCGUGUUGAAGUAUUUUGUAAGAUUAUUGAUUGGCAGCUUCAAGAACUCAAUGAUCGUUUCAAUGAGGUGACUACUAAUUUGCUUCAUGGAGUUGCUUGUUUGAAUCCAGUUGACUCAUUUUCUAGUUUUAACAUAAGAAAAAUAAUGAGAAUGGCUAAGUUAUAUCCUGAUGACUUUGAUGAGUUUAGUAUGAAUGCUCUUGAGAAUCAACUUGCCACUUACAUUAUUGAUGUUCGUGAUAUGGAUGAAAGGUUCUCCAAUCUUAAUGGACUUUGUGAUCUCUCAAGAAAAUUAGUUGAGACAAAGAAGAACCUAAACUUUCCUCUUGUAUUCCGCUUAGUGAAAUUUGCUUUGCUUUUACCAGUUGCCACUGCAUCCGUUGAAAGAGCUUUUUCGGCAAUGAAGUUUAUUAAAAAUGCCUUGCGGAAUCGGAUGAAUGAUGAGCUUUUGAGCGGUUGUCUAGUUCCUUUUGUAGAAAAAGAUGUAUUUAUUAAUAUUUCUAAUGAUACUAUUGUAAAAACAUUUCAAGAGAUGAAACCGCGUCGAGUACGGUUGUAA